AUGUCUCGAAGUGAGGAGAAGUUGCGAUUAUGCUUCCAAUAUGGCAACUAUUAUGAGGCACAUCAGAUCUGUCGUACGAUGUACAAUCGAUUAUCCAACCAGGGGAAGUGGCAAGAGUUACAAGAUAUACUAUAUAAUGGAAUAUUACGACUUCUGGAAGCAGGUGAAGCAGCAAGUGCAAUCGAUCUUGCCGAAUUAUUUGUGGAAGCCUUGGAGAAGUCGAAGACACCUGUCUCUUCAGCUCUUUUGGAUCGUUUUGAUGAAGUUGAUUCACAUGCUUAUUUUGAUCGCUUUUUUAUUUCGGAAUAUCAAAAUUUGCUUAAUCUUUUACCAGCCCAGCUGGAAAAAGAUUUAGAAGCCAAUUCGGAACGAGAAGAUCGAAGAUUACGAUACAUUUCCUUAGCUAUCAAAUGGACGAUGGCUGUAGGCGACAGGAAACGCUAUCGGCGUCGUGGUCAUCCCGGAUUGCAUUUUCGCAUUGCGAAGUCGCUGUGGCGUGAUGGAAAUUACAUCAACGCAAGAAAUCAUUUUAUGUCUGCUGACAAUCCAGAAACAUUUGCAAUAUUUCUUAUUGAAUAUCAAAUGAAAUACGGAUACACUGCGGAAAAAGACUUGUUCAUAACACAAGCUGUUUUACAAAUGCUAUGCGAUCGAAGACCGAAGAGUGCCUUAAAAUUAUUAGAAUCUUAUUCUAAUAUGCAUCCCGAUAUUAGAAAUGGAUUUCCCUAUCCAUUUCCAUUGCUCAACUUUUUACAUUAUGCGAUAAUAUGCAUUGCUAAUAAACAGGCAGUAUACUUCACAGUGCUAAUUGAGCAGUAUGAAAACGAAAUCAAUCGUGAUCCGGAGUAUAAACAAUUGUUGAGGAAGAUAGGCCAAAUAUAUAUGGGUAUGCCGCAACCACAAACAGCUCAAGGUGGAUUCCUAGGAAAUAUGAUUAAAGGCUUGUUAAGAUCACCAGAAAAUGAAUCAGGAGCAACUGAAGAAUUUGAAAUCGACGAAGAAGAAAUGCUUGAUAUACCGCUUAAGGAUGAACAUAAUUGCUUAUUGAAUGCAUCCACAAGCAGAGUAGCAAAUGGGAAAUGCCAGACUGAUGGUAUCACGGAUGAUAUGGAUUUAGAUUGA